UUAAGACACAUUUUCCCGUUUCAUCGGGUGAAUGUUAUAACUUUGGAGGUUUUAAAUCCUGACGAAUCGCCUUUACCAAGUAAGGAACUAUGACAAACGUGAAAGUCGCGAUUCGAGUUCGCCCUCUCAACGCAAGGGAAAGCGUGGGUGGAGGGAGGCUAGCUGUCCAGGUAGAGGACAAGUUGGUGAGGAUAAAGAAUACCAAGCUGGAUGGACGUCAGGACGGCCCUGGGGACUCCAGGGAGAAGGUGCUGGAGUUUGGUUUUGACUACUGCUACUGGUCUGUUGCCCCAGAGGAACCACACUAUGCCUCACAGGAGGAGGAGCUCUGCACAUUCAGCUCCACGCUCCUUAGGGAGGUUUAUUUUUCUGCCCGACAACUAGCUUUCAACUCCCCCACCCUCCGGCCCUGCUACCCUGCCCCCGGCCCUGCUACCCAGCCUCCCAUCCUGCCUCCCGUCCUGCCACCCAGCCUCCCGUCCUGCCAUCCUGCCUCCCGUCCUGCCACCCAGCCUCCCGUCCUGCCACCCAGCCUCCCGUCCUGCUACCCAGCCUCCCAUCCUGCCACCCAGCCUCCCGUCCUGCCACCCAGCCUCCCGUCCUGUCACCCAGCCUCCCAUCCUGCCACCCAGCCUCCCGUCCUGCCACCCAGCCUCCCGUCCUGCCACCCAGCCUCCCGUCCUGCCACCCAGCCUCCCGUCCUGCCACCCAGCCUCCCAUCCUGCCACCCAGCCUCCCGUCCUGCCAUCCAGCCUCCCGUCCUGCCACCCAGCCUCCCAUCCUGCCACCCAGCCUCCCGUCCUGCCACCCAGCCUCCUGUCCCUCCUCCUAGCUCUAGCAGGGUGUUCCAGGACCUGGGACUGACGGUGCUGGCCGGGGCGUCAGAGGGCUACAACGUCUGUCUGUUUGCCUACGGUCAGACUGGCACUGGCAAGACCUACACCAUGAUGGGCACACUGGACUCCAUGGGCCUGACCCCCAGGAUUUGUCAGGGCCUGUUCAGAUCUGAUAACACCUUCCCUGAAGGACAGAACUCCAGCAGGGUUGAGAUCAGCUUUCUGGAGAUCUAUAAUGAGCGCGUUCGUGACCUGCUGCGAGGCAGAGAGCAGAAGAAGAAAGCCUCUCUACGGGUUAGGGAGCAUCCUAAGAAAGGACCCUACGUACAAGACCUGUCCCAACAUGUGGUGUCUGACUACAAGCAGGCGGUGGACCUAUUAGAGGAGGGCAUUGCCAACCGCAUCACCGCGGCAACACACAUCCACGACGCCAGCAGCAGAUCCCAUGCUAUCUUCACUAUCCAGUACACCCAGGCUAUUCUGGAGAACAACCUUCCCUCAGAGAUUGUUAGCAAGAUCAACCUGGUAGACCUGGCUGGCAGUGAGAGAGCAGACCCCCACUACUGCAGAGACAGACUCACUGAGGGAUCCAACAUCAACAAAUCCCUGGUGACACUGGGUAUCGUCAUCUCUGCUCUGGCCCAGAACUCUCAGAUGUCCAGUAGUUGUCAGAGCAUCAACAGUGUGGCCAGUGAGGGCGAAGGCAGCACUGUGGGCAGUCACACCAGCUCUCUGUCUGGUGGUGGUGGUGGUGGAGGAGGGAGAAGAAACUGCUUCAUCCCCUACAGGGACUCAGUCCUCACCUGGCUCCUCAAAGACAGCCUGGGAGGAAACGCUAAGACCAUCAUGAUCGCCACUGUGUCCCCAUCCAGUAGCAGCUACAAUGAGACUCUCAGCACCCUGCGCUACGCUUCUCACGCUAGGAACAUCGUCAACAAGCCCAGGGUCAAUGAGGAUGCCAGUGUGAGGCUGAUCAGAGAGCUACGUGAGGAGAUAGACAGGCUGAAGAGUAUGCUUCUCAGCUUCGAGAUGCAACGGAAUCCUAGCCCUUCUCUGAGUGAUCAGAGAGACGGGAGUCUGUCUGACAUCGUGUUGCAGAACGAACUAAAGGUGGGUGAGCUGACGAAAGACUGGUCAGAGAGCUGGCGGGACAAGAAGGAGCUUUUGGAACAGUACAGUGUGGAUAUCAACAGAGACCGGGGUGGGUUCCUCAUCCACUCCCUCUUACCACAUCUCAUUACCCUGGACCGGGACAUACUCAGCACCGGGGUCACCUUCUAUCACCUCAGGGAGGGGGUAACCAGGAUUGGACCUCAGGACAAACUGGUAGAAUCACAAAUAGUCCUCCAGGGCGGCGCCACCUGUGAGAUAGAGAACCAGUCUGGGGUUGUGACCCUGAGGCCGCUGCCAGGGAGUGUCUGCAUGGUCAAAGACAGGGAGGUGACGGAGCCCUGCAGACUGGCACAAGGGACAUUGAUCACACUUGGAGGUGUCCACAAGUUCCGUUUCAACCACCCAGCAGAGGCUGCAGUCAUGAGAGAACGGAGACGGGCCAGUGAAGGUGCACUGAACUGCAGCUACAAUGAUUUUCGAACCUUGACCUCUGACUCCAGGGCUGGAGGAGAGGCAGUCCAGGGGCAGACGGGUGAAUGUGAGGCUGAGGGUAAGGAGCCUCCCCUCAGGCAGCAGUGUGUUGAGGACCAGGUGAGGUGCGUGGAGGAGCGGCGGGGGUAUGUGGAGUGUCUACGCCAGGAGAUCCAGACUGAACAGAGACUAGCUGAGAGAGAUCUGGAGAGAGAACAGGCACAUCUGAGACAACAACACACUGACAUCCUGCAGUGGAUCUUACAAGAGAAGCAGCGUCUGGCAGCUAUAACGUUAGAGGAAAGAGGAACUCAGGAGUUUGGUGUACAGACUGAUCCUAUACCAGCUGAUCCUAUACCAACUGAUCCUAUACCAGCUGAUCCUAUACCAACUGAUCCUAUACCAACUGAUCCUAUACCAGCUGAUCCUAUACCAACUGAUCCUAUACCAGCUGAUCCUAUACCAGCUGAUCCUAUACCAACUGAUCCUAUACCAGCUGAUCCUAUACCAGCUGAUCCUAUACCAGCUGAUCCUAUACCAGCUGAUCCUAUACCAGCUGAUCCUAUACCAACUGAUCCUAUACCAACUGAUCCUAUACCAGCUGAUCCUAUACCAGCUGAUCCUAUACCAGCUGAUCCUAUACCAGCUGAUCCUAUACCAACUGAUCCUAUACCAGCUGAUCCUAUACCAGCUGAUCCUAUAUCAGCUGAUCCUAUACCAGCUGAUCCUAUACCAGCUGAUCCUAUACCAGCUGAUCCUAUACCAACUGAUCCUAUACCAACUGAUCCUAUACCAACUGAUCCUAUAGCAGCUCCCAUCCUAGACAGCCUGCUAACGGAAGGUUCGGAAGGUUCUGAGGAAGAGUGUGGUCAAACAGUUGUGCCGCCCUCUAAAGUGGUUCUAUACAGGAAGAAGGUGGUUCAGGAGGAGCUGUUACGACAUCACGCCCUGCGGAGUGCCGCGAGCCGAGUUCGACGCAAAAGGCUGCGCUACCAGCUGGAGAGGAUCGCUCGCAAGCGCCAUCUACUGGAGGCUAAGAGGGAACUGCAGAGGCUCGAGAAGGCCCUGCCGCCUGGACUAGAGAGCCCUGUGUCUCCUGAGCUGGGGUCCCCCUCAAGGUCAAGAGAACGUCAACCUGUUUUGCGCAGGAAUUCUGUCUCAUCAGACCUUCUGUCCCGCUUGUACCCCCAACACACCCCAAUCUUCAGCCACUUCCUGAAGAGAAAUAGACCAUCUGAACUGACAUUUGGAUCCAUCGGCUCCAGGCAGUGGGUGUCUGAUGAAUGUCUUCCACGCGAGAGGAUGAGGAGUCGCUCCAACACGUUCUCCUCAGGAACAGGACACAGUAGACAGGUGCAGGGGUACAGGAGCAGAGCCAGCUCCUCAGAGAACCUCAAGCCGCCUGUGAAGGCGGAGGAGGAGGCUCUAGUUCAGCUGCCAUGUCAUGAAAGACCAGAGAGGAAACCACUGCUUCCAAAACGCGGACUUGAACUUACAUUCAAGAACAAUCAGAACCCAGCACAAUCACAAAAUGGAGGAACUCUACAGUCAAGCAGUAAUGUCAUCAUCAAGGGACCAACAGUUACAGUAAGCAAAUCUAGCAGUCAGACUCAGCGGGCUCCAUGUCAGGGAGUGAAGAGCCUUCCCCGUGGUAGUAGGAAGGGCUUGGAGACCAUCUGUAAGGUCUUAUCACGCUCAGUCGGUCCUGGGAUAAAGACAGCGUUGGCCAGGGUGUUUAGAAAAACACCAUCAGGACUGGGUAUUGGAGGCAGAGUGACCAAGCCUAGCGGUAAAACAGCAAGCCGAUUUCACUGGAAACAAAAGCGAGGUGUAGAAGAUGCCAAGAUGAGCAGGAAGAAAUGCAUAAUGAAAACAACUGUCUCAUGUGAGGACCUUGAUCAGAAUACUCCUUCACAUGAUUGUAGGUGGAGACAAAGACAGUGGCGUAGUGCAGAGACUCUGAUGAACCAGGCUAGCACCCUAAGGUGGAUGGAGAGACCGCAGGGAUUGGGACUGGCAGGAUCGGAGGAGUUUGACUGUGAGGAAGAAGAAAAGGGGGAAGAGGAGGUUGGGGGUGACCACUCCUCAGACUGUGACAGCUUGUUCUCUGUGGACUCCCUGUCCUCGGUCUACGCCACAGCCCUGGCAGAGCAGCUGAAGCAGGAGGAGGCUAUCCAGAGCAAAGGAGAGAGCGAAGACAGUCAGAUGUCGAAGGACUCACUGGCUAUGGAGAGCAGAAGGAAGCAUAUUGCAGCAAGGCCGGCACAGAGACGGACUGGGGUAGUACCCAGUCACUCUGUGGUGAGGGGUUUUCUCAAUCUCUCGAUUGGAAAAACUAUAAACAUGGCAUCAGAGAUUCAGCCAACUGAAGAGGGAAGAGAAGACAUUGGGAAACCUAAUGAAAUGCCAGCAGAGGCUUACUGGAGCCAUCGUAGUGGUCCUAAAACCCGAGUCAAUAAAGCAACCGGAGCAACAAGGGAAUCACUGUACCAGAAGCAGCCAGCGACAGAACCCAGGUGUAGAGACCCUGUAUCAAAGCUGAGUGAAGAGCUUGGGCACGUCCACACCGUGUUGACCAGCAGCCCUCACUCUCCGAGCAGCUGUAGUGUGAGGGAACCAGAGAGUUUGCUAAUGCUUACAGACGCAUGGUCCUCCAAUGAUGCAGCAGAUAGUCCUAGGAUACCUAGGGACACUGCCAUGUUGAGGAGGAGGAUGGUGUUUAGUCAUGGUGCGUUGGACAGCAGCAGUAGUCCCAGUGUGGAUCUGUCUGACUGUCGGAGUGGAUUUGGAUCAACUGGAUCCCAUAGCUCCACAUCUACCGACGGCACAGAGGAAGAACAUGUUCCAGUAGAGGAACGAAGACUUGGGGUUUCAACUGAUACUUUGAAUUUCCCUGAUUCUCAGCUUCUCCAAAUGUCAGCGCCACAUGUCAUGAUGCCAUUGAGUCAUGAGGCGGUGUGUUGCAAAGACUAUUUUGAACGUCAGUUAGUCAGUUCAGAAGGUUUGCUGAAGGGAUCUAUUAAUGAUCCAGGCUUCCGCCAAAAUCAAAGUAGAGAUGUCUCAUCAGAGCUUCCUUCACCUAGAUCUGCAUGUGCUCCAACCAUUGACUAUAAGAUUCAACAUACCCCAUCAACAUCAACAUUGGAGGCUGACAUUUUUCAUGGGCCUCAGAUGCAGCCGGUCACAUUAUCUCCAGAAGUGAUGUUUGUGGGAGUGGCAGACCUAACAAACUACACUGAUGCUUGUUUGUCUACCUACAGUCAUCAGUCAAAAGCCAGUCUGUUAACUUACCCUAAAACUGAAGGUGAGAUGUUGAAUGAGACAUCUGACAUCGAAAGUGCCCCAAAUAAUUAUUCUGAAGAUAAUGAACUAUGCAAUGUAGAUGGAGACAUGGAAGAAGUCAAAGAUGAGGAGUUUUGCGAAGCAAGCAAUACCAAAUACAUAUCACCUGAAAGUGAGUUUAAAAUGCUGCAAAAGCUUGAAGCCAAAGUCACAGAGCAGGACUGUGUGUUGCCAGAGCACAAGUUUUUCAAAGCGUCUUAUAACAAUUCCAUAAAGAGGAACAAAGGCCUGCAGGACAGUUUCAUUGGCAGCUUGAAAAUUCCAAAGAGCAGCAACGGAGGGGACUUCUUAGCGUUCUCCACUGUAACAGUGAAGAACAGCCAGGAAGUUAUUUCACCAGACGACAACAAUAACACCAGUGAAUUAAAAGACAAACAAACUUCCUCUGCAGUCGAUUCAUUUAAACUAAAUCUGGGCUGCAAUGAAGGUCAUAUCCAACGAGAUACCUCUGCUUUAGUAGCAAUGUCAGUGUCUGUGCACAUAUCCCAUGAAAAUCUCUCUCCGUGUGGCCAUAAAACCAUUGACACGGGGGGCCAUAAAAAGACUCCUUUUGGAGAGAAGGCCGUUAUUGAAAAGAGAAGAGAAGUAGAACGAGGUGAAGAAAGAGAAGUUCAAGGGUGGGGUGAAAAGCUAAACUCAGAUAGCAAGAGAAGAGACGUAGAGAAUGGUAGAUGGGGACAUCACCAUGGCGAUAGUAACUGUAGUUCAUCAGAUCAGCGAAUCUCAGAGGUGAUGAAGGAGAAUAUGAGGAUGUCACUUAUAGAUGGGGGUGGAGACAACAGUAACAGUGAACUGGACAGUCAAAGUAGUCAAAUCCUUAAUGCCUUGCCAACAAGUAAUCCUAACAAAUGCGAUUCACCAAAGGAUCUACAAGCAGUGGAGGAUCAUCAAGUAGCUGAUGAUCCACUGGUAAUCAUUAAGCCAGGCUCUUGUUCGACAUCAGAAAAGUCUUGUAUCGGUUCUGAGAUGCUAAGAAUGGACAACACGACAGACAUGGAAAACGUGAGCCAAGGAAAGGAUCUUAGACUCUCUACUUCCAUCAAAUUAAAUUAUAUGAAUCAACCAAGUUUCAUAACCAAAGGGAAUGAUCCAGACAGUAGGACAAAUAUCUCCUCAGAGUUCCAGUUAAGUCAGAGCUUUCAAGAGAACGUGAGAGAAGUGCAACUGAAAAAUGGGAUAACUGAUGUUGAUGCAAGGGGAUACAAGGGUCAGGAUGCUUCUGGCUGUUCUGUCAUUACACCGAAUGCAAGUGUCAAUUCUGGUGCAGCAUCUUUCACUGUUAAAAGCCAUGAGCUCCAAUUAAGUCUGGCAUUGAACAACCAAGGUAUACCUGACUACAUCAACAAGCCUGUACUGUUACCAAUGGGAUGUUCUUCAAGGUCUACUUCCACUUCCACCGCACCCAAAGAAUUAUUACUUUCUCAAGGGAAAGUGUUUGAAAGGGAUGUCCCUUUUUCACAUAUGGAGAACAUAAAGAAACAAACGGGUCCUGAGAUAUAUCAUCCUCAUCAUACCUGUCUUGGUAAUAACGAUAAACAAACUGUCCACCAGUGUGGUUCACCUGAGCAAACCCUGAAACCUAGUGCUCUACAACCUCUCCAGAACUGCCCAGGAACAGUGUCCUCAGUGACUACACCACCAAAUAUGGCCUUUGCACAUGCAAGGGACUUCAUAAUGGAUUCAGAAUAUGAGGUUCAAGGCAAAAGCAAGAACCAAUGCAAAUUGACCUCAACGGGUGCAAGUGGACAGCUUUACUUAAAUGAUCGUCAUCAGCAUGCAGCUGUAGAUUCACUCUCUGACAAAAGCGGACAUCAAUGUACACCAGAAAACAUUGAGAAGCACCACAACAGUCAACCACUCUCAAAUAAUUUAUGUGAAUCACAGAAGCUAGAGGAGAAAGGCAGAAAUCACGUUGAGGUCAGAAAAGAGCUCCAAAAAGACACUCCCUAUUCCACAAAUCUGAGUCAGGAACUACCACAGUCAAAGUGUUCACUGAGUCAGGAAGUACAACAGUCAAAGUACUCACUGAGUCAGGAAGUACAUCAGUCAAAGUACUCACUGAGUCAGGAAGUACAACAGUCAAAGUACUCACUGAGUCAGGAAGUACAACAGUCAAAGUGUUCACUGAGUCAGGAAGUACAACAGUCAAAGUGCUCACUGAGUCAGGAAGUACAACAGUCAAAGUGCUCACUGAGUCAGGAAGUACAACAGUCAAAGUGCUCACUGAGUCAGGAAGUACAACAGUCAAAGUGCUCACUGAGUCAGGAAGUACAACAGUCAAAGUGUUCACUGAGUCAGGAAGUACAACAGUCAAAGUGCUCACUGAGUCAGGAAGUACCACAGUCAAAAUGCUCAUCUGAAACUCAUGUAGACAAAUUUCAUAAGACUUGUGUGACCGUUGAUCCUGAUCCUAAAAAGAAACAUCCCAGUGUAAAACACAAAAAAUGCCACUUUGAAAAAUGGCUGAAGGCUCAGUGCAAUGUGAGCAACUUUGCCUCUGACAAUACCAAAGAUUGCCAAAUGGCUCAAAAUGAAGAAGGGUCAAUGACUGAUGGACCACUGGCAAAAUCUCCUGUAACCUUGUUUGACGUACCAAGUAGAAUAAAUAGUAUUGGAUCUUCAUCCCAAAUAACACAUGGAAGUAGUGAUGCUAAUAUGAAGAUAUUGGGUGACAUUUGCAGAGAUAUCAUGUCCAGAGAGGGAAAUACCAAAACAUCUAAUUACAGGCAACCCCAUCAGUUCAGUGGCAGUAGUGUUGUUCACUGCAAAAAGGGAAAAUCCAAGAGGUUCAGAAGGUCCAAAGCCCAGGCACCUCCUAGCCCAUCCUCUGACUCCACACUCAAGUCUUCCUCAGACGAAGAAGAUAAAAUCCCUCCCAAGUUGCAUCGAAACAGGUCUUCAUCAACAAGAAUUAAGUCAGGAACUCAAACUAAUGGGAAACUAGAGGAGAUCAUUCAAUGCAAUGGUGCCGCAAUUUCUCCAGUCAAAAGACAAUCACCACAGUCAAAAGACAAUCAGACUAUGGAAGCUUGUACUGCCCGGACCCCAUGUAAAUAUGAUGGUAAAGCUGGAGUUGGCAUCGGUUUGAGUCAGAAAGAACACAGCCCCAAUGGACAAUCAGCACAUGCUCUUGCAAUGGAGAAAAUGACCAAUCGGGAGAAAAUCAUGUCUUCCAGUAUCAAAGAAACUGAGAUGUCACACUACACACCAAAGACUCAGGAUUCUCCAAUGCAUUUUGCCUCCAUCGACAUCAAUCCCUUUGCUCCUCAAUGGCAAGAAGAAGAGCCAAACCAAAGCUGCUACAAGAACCAGGUAUUUGGAAGUGCUGCAUUUGGAGGUGCUGCAUUUGGAAGUGCUACAUUUGGAAGUGCUGCAUUUGGAAGUGCUGCUGACAUUUCUUGCAAAUCACCCCUGCUGGAUGCCACUGACAAACGCAUCACUAGAUGCCACAGUGUCGACAAUGGUUUAAACGUGCAGAACUCUCCUUUCAACUCCCACCUGAGCACUUACGCCAACAACAAGGGACUCUCCAGCAACCUGAGCAGCAUGGAGGAAAAUUUCAAAGAUCAAAUGUCCCCCAACGCCCAUCUGAAAGGACGUACUAACCAAGUCUCUGGUGUUGACGAUCACAAUUAUCAACUGACCCAGACCAUGAGCUGUAUCUCAUCUUCUUGCUACGAUGUAUCUGGAGAUCUUGGUAACAGCACUGGCCAAGUGGAUGAGAUCAUGUUGGUUUAUGACUCUUCAGAGCAGGAGUCUCAGGGUAAUGGGUUUCAAAGGUCUGAAACACACACCACAUGUGACCACAGCACCCAGACAACCUUGACUCAAGAAACCAUGACUCAGACAACGAUCAACCAUGGUGAUCUACAGAGGAGAAACAACCGUCUCAGAAAGAGCAGCACUCAGGUACCAGUGUCUCAGAAGACCACAGAGGCCUGUAGAGAGACCUUCACAUGGGCCAGCCUUCAGAACAUGUCUGAGCAUCUCUCACAGCUGAUAGUCAACACCUCUGAUCUUCUGGGGAAUGUUCAGGGUAUGAGGUCUGGCGAUAGCCUCAAACAUAGCCUGACAGGAAAUGUUAAAUCUUCAUCUCAUCUGUACUCCUCCAAAGAUUGGACAAAGAGAGACUGCUCAACCCAAACUGCAGUAGAUAUUGGGAUCCAGACCGAAAGGACUUCAACACCCGUUCAAGACAAAAUGUCUAUACACCAAACUCUGUCCACAGAGAGGUCCAAAGCCCAUGAAGUUAAUGUGAUAGUCAAAGUGAUUGGCUCAGAAGUUUUCAAUGUGUCACAAGAGAAGGGGCUUCCCCUUCAACAUCAACUCAAGAACAAGCCCAAUGAUAAUAUUCAGAGCAUGCCUGACCUGCGACUCAAUGGCUCCACUGUUAACCAAAGAUCUAUCUUGGAACCAGAGAGUCUCCUGCACAAAGUCCCUUCCAUGGAGACUGUUCAACGUCACAAUCAUUCAAAUCCUCCCAUUCGUCAUAGAAGCAAUGAGGACUGCCAACCUGAAAGAGUGUCCUCCUCCAAAAGCAUGGGAGUCUCUGAAGUCUGCAAUCAUUUGUCAGAAAUACUCAGACCAGAAAGACAGAAUGUCUUGAGAAGGAGUGACCCAGGAAUAGGCUAUAGAAAACAAGUGAGCUUCACAGACCGUGCAUGCUCACCCAUUCUCACUGUGGGUCCCAGGGCUGGUUCCAACCAGAGCAGAAGAAUGUAUUUACAGAGUCUCCAAGAAGAACAGAAGUUUGAGAUGCAAAAUAGAAGUAAAGAACACAUUUCGGACCGAAAGGAGUGCCAGUCAACACCUUGUUUAAGUUACAGCGGACAGAAAACAUGCAUGUCUUUCACAAAGAAUGAUAAGAUAUCAGGACAUGACUCCCUUCAUCUGUCUGAGAAGCCUUGUGAUAACUCCACCACAAAAUCUAUGGGAUUGAUAUCCCUGGAGAAUGUGAGUGCCGUCAGCCAUUCAAGCCCAAACGGGUCUGAUGGAUACUCAGAAAGUCUUAGUUCGCCCAUUGAUGAAUACAUCCACAAGGAAACCAGCAUUGUCAUCCACGAAGAAGAAAGGGAAAUGAGUGUAUGGCACAAAACCAGCCAAAGUCCAAGAUGGUCCCUUCCUUCUGUUCUAAGCAGUAAUGGAGUCACUAUGCAGAACCACACCUCUCUCAUCUUUAGUCAGACUAGUGAGUCCAAACAGGAGGAGAAAUCAAUCUCUACUUUUGGAGAUCAACUAAGCUACAGGAGACAUUCAAUAGAUUACCACAACAGUAGAUCAUCAGAGCGUCCAGUGGAGCACUUCACUGGUGCUUAUGAACAUUCCCCUAUCAGUGACAACACCAUCCAUGUUCAGGAGGAUGACAUGGUGUCAUUGUCCCCAAGUGAGUGCAACACAGACAUCCUAGUGAACACCAACCCAGUCACCCACACUUCCAACUUCCAACACCAACACUCCCCACAGCAGCUAGAUCACCAGCGGCUCCCUGAGGACCUACCUGUGCACAACAAGUUCACCAACUGGUCUGGUAUCAGCCAGCAUCCCUCUGAGAUAAGACGGACCAAUAGUUUAAUGAAACCAGCCAUGUAUCUACCCACUGGUCAUGAAGCACAGAGGAACCAUCCAGAGUGGGCUGAGCUGGAGAGCCAGGAGUCAAAGUCCAGCUUGAGUCCAAAGUCCAUGUUCCAUAAGGACAAGAAGACAAGGGAGAUAGAGAGACUGCGUAAGGAGCGAGAGCAGGUCAUGGCUACGGUUCAACUGAACAUGAACCCUCAUCAUCUGACCGUGGAGCUGACUGAAGCCAAGCUGCACUAUGGUCUGGGAGAGACGGACAUGCAGUUAAAGUUGUUGACAUCUGGAGGAACCAAGGAGGAGGAACCGUCCCCUGUCCAUACCAAACAGCAGCUCUAUGACCGGCACCGGAGGAGCAUUGAGAGUUUGAGGAAGGAGAGGGAAGCUCAGCUUCAGACCAGCCGUAGGGCUCGCAGCCUUAGCCCCAGCAAGCACCACUCCACCCGGUCCCAUCCUCAACCCAGAUCCCCUCCUCAAAAAGCCUCCAGAGUUUCAGCCCUGCCCAUUCGUCGCAGAGACUACCUUCAACAGUUCCGACAGGAGGUAGUGACAAGCAGCAUGAUCCCAGAUCCACCCAGAGGAGAGGGUGAAUAUCCCUCUGAGAUAGAGCAGCUUCUGCGUGACUAUGGCCGUGCCCGUGAGGAGGCCAUGACUGAGAUAGCCCGUGCACGGGAACGGCUCCGCAAGAGGACAGAGCAGGAGAAGAGACGACUCCAGCAACAGGCUCUGUCUCAGAUGGUCAAGGAUGACUUGCAGUAUCGGACCAGAGUCAGCAGCAGUACACUGUGCACUGGGUCGAGUCUGAGCCUAUCCUCUGGACCAACCUCUGGCUACAACAGUGGGAACACAGCUCAGCUGAAGGAUGGCAGUAGACCCUCACUGACACUGCAGGUCACUGGGGUGCUGGGUGAAGGGCUGAAUGAGCUGAAGGUCAGGUCUCGCCCUCCCAUCUGUAGUUCUCAGAGUGUGAAAACCCAGCGUGCCUGGCUCUCUGCCCAGGAUGUAUGUCUGGAGCCUGGUGUCUCAGGGUAUGACCCUCUGCUGUCAUCCUCACCGGCAUCUCCUACGAGCCUACGACAGCGCACCGCCUCCUUUGGCUCCGCCUCAUCCAUAUCGACAGCCUAUCAGGACUUCACUUCCUGUCUGCUUGGUCGAGCUAUGGCUGAGGUGCGCUUGGCUGCUGCUGGUGACAUGGGGAACCUGGUGAUGGGGAAAGCUGCAGCUGGUUGGAGGUACCAGGGCAUGGAGCGAGGUGUCCAGGCCUUCUACAAGCCCUCCUCCAGCCAAUCUGUGCACUCCUUCCUGGGGGCGGUGGAGCUGGAGAGGCCCCUGGCCAGCCUGUGGAGCAUGGUCCGAGACCACUCCAAGACCCACCUGUACCACGAGGCUGUCCGGUCUGCCUGGACACGACCACUAGAUGACAGCACUCAGUUGGUCUACCUGCUGACAGACCCGUCCAGCUGCCACCUCAAACAGCCCAGAGACUUCUGCUGCAUCAGCACCCAGUCACAACAGGAUGAGCUGUGUGUGCUGGCCAUGCAGUCAGUCUUCGAGGAGUCUCUCCCUCGGCCCAGUGUAGAGGCUGUCCGAGGAGAGAUGUUGCCUAGCGCCUGGGUCCUUCAGCCAAUCACACGCCACGUCCGAGAGGUCGUCAGGGUCAUCUACCUGCUGCAGGUGGACCUGGGCACUCCCCUUCCUCAGAGACUGUUGGGAUCAGUGGCUAGGAGACAGGCGUCCGUCCUGGCUGAGCUCGACUCCCUUUUCGCUUUGUGGGACUGACAGCUAGGUCAGGGUCAUGUUCAUUAGGCACCAAAAGGAAGAAAAAAGACUGAAACAAGGAGGGACUACCUGGACUUUUCCAAUAAGAAAUGCACAUUUUAUUUUUCCAUUGCAAUACAUGUUGCUACAAUGUGCCCUAAUGAACAUGACCCAGGUCAGCUGUCCAAUUAGAACACAGAUUUCCGUCUCACAUUGCAAAACAUUUUGCUACGGUGUGCCCUAAAGAACACGCCCCAAGGUUAAAGGUAGCAGUGAGCACUUAGACAGACAUCCUGAAUCUGAUAUGGGACCUGUCUCUCUUGUAAUUUGCAAUGUAUUUACUUGAUUGUAUUCUUAUGAAGAGCACUGAUGACAUUGAUUUUGUGAGACUAAGUAUCAUGUAGCUUUUUUAUAUAGGAACAUAACUGUGUGUUUUGUGUUUAAAAUUGUUAAUUGAAGACCUGUGUUUAAUAUGUUUGAGUGGUCUAGACUGGCUGUCAGGGAGGAUUGAGGGUGUGACUCCUAUAUCUGAUCCAUGAAACACAUCUUACUGUGUUACUGCAACUUCUGACCAGAGUAAACCCAGGCCCUAAAGGUUUACUUCAUAAUAACACUAUAAUAACACUGAUUUAUAUAUAAUGCAGAAUGAUCAUUAGUCUCCUGUUUCCCAUUCCUCUAUUUAAUCUGUUAGCCUCAGUUGUACUACUUUCAUAAUUACUGAUUUAUGAAACAAAGUGAUCAUUAGUCUCCCAUUUCACUGUCCUCCCAGCCGAUGAACUAACCGCUUUUAUAAUGACCACUUAUUGACAUAAUUGUUUUCUCCAGCAUCCUGUGUUAACGUCCCAAGGCACAGCACACUUUACCAAACUCACUACCCAACCUUUAAAAAGACAUCUUAUGUGUUUUGUUGAUUGUUCAGAACAUUAUUUUGCUGUAGUUGUAGUAUUGCAGUGUCACAGUAAGAUGGUCCCCAGGGGAACCAAAGAAGAAGGAACUGAUAUGAAGGAUCUCGUUUCCCCAGGGAAAGAACAAUGAAGUAGCCUAGCUAACUGACAAACUUUUUGUACUGAGUUUUAUUUUGAUCCAUACUUUUGUAAGUGGCUUUUAUGUGACAUAAAUGUAUACUACCAUGUCAAUAUGUAUAAAUAUUUAUGUUUUUAUUAUGUUCUUUAUUUUAAUAACAUAUUUGAAUCCUAAAGAAAUGCAAGGAGCAUAUGUUAUUUUCCUGUAUAAACUUGACAUAAAAAAAAAAAUUGUACUUCUUC